GUGUCGAAAUAAAUUAAAUUUGUCAAGCUCUGUUACAAAAUCUAUUCUGCUUCUUUGAUUCAGUUUUAUAGGUUUAUUGGAUAACAAAAGGAAACAAUGACGCCGGCAAGCAGGAUGAAGCUUUUCGGUGGGCGCCACAUGGGCUGCAUUGUGGAGCGCAUUGAGUGGAACAAAAACAUGGAUCUCCUUGCCUACGUUACGGAGAAGGGAGAGGUGGUAGUGCAGCGGCUGAACUGGAAGAAGGUCGCAACCUUCCCCACGCCCGUUGAGGGAGUCAAAGUGCGCUCGCUCAGCUGGCAAUUGGACGACUCAGUCCUGGCCGUGGGCUACAGCAAUGGAAAGGUUGCUUUACUGGAUGUCGAGAACGAGACCGUGAUCUCGAGCGUAAUCUACGACGACGACGACGUCAGGCAGGUAUACUUUAGCGGGACUAUCGACUGCCCGGAAACCUUGGGAGGCCACACUUUCAACGCUAAUGACAAGCACAAGCUAUUUCUACCCAAGCCAUGGCCGCUGCCCGCAAUUGACCCAUCCCUGAGAACGCUAGAGCAAAAGCCUUUUCCCGAAGGUUCUCCGCGCUUCCUGAUCGUAGUCCUAUGCAGCGGAAAAGUGCAUCUGCUGCUCUUUGCUGCCGUGCAGACGGGCAGCAUCGAUCUCACCCAGUACGUACUGCACCCCGAACAGUUCGAGGUGUUCGAUGUGAAAAUAAGCGGCGACUUCAAUGCCAUUUACGCCCUGGUGCGCGACGGUCAGCAGCUGAAGAUGCUCCACUUCCGAAACCAGCUGCUGCAGGAUUUCAAGGCGUCCAUACUGGGGGUGGCCAGGCUCUGUGCUCACAUACUCGAGACGAAGAACUACAUAAAUAGAACCGAACAAUGCCUAAAGGAGACCUGGGAGGCUGUCCAGCUGGUGAUGGAUAAUAGACUGACAAAUUAUGCCAACGCACAAGCAUACGGAAGUACAUCCGCAGAUUUGUUGGAGCUGCACAUCUUUGGCUUUUCGACGUUGGAGGUGGAGGAACUUCUUACAAUGUCAGAGAGAGAGCUCAAGAAAAUAGCCAAAUCUGCGGAGCGCGGCUUCAGGGACUUGCAUGCCCUGGUAUUCAAGCCCCUCAACGAAGCGGCCAUUAGUAUGUUCUACUUUCUGAACGCGAUAACCGGCUUGGCUCGCAUGCCCCAUUUCUAUGAGUCUCUCCUCUUGCCGGAGAUGGCCGUCGAGGCGAUGCGUGCGUGCGGAUCCUUUUAUCUGAAGGUGUUCGAGCUACGAGAGAGAAUCCAUACCCUGGCAAACGAUUCAAAGCUGUUCCACAACUGGCUGCUUUUUACCAUAUUGCGGCUGUCGCACCAGGAGAUACCCGAUGAAAUGCUCCUUAGCAAGGAGGAGAACGCUGCUCUGGCUGACCUCCUUUGCUCGAUGGAGCCGGAUUCAGAUGACAGCAGCGAUGAUAAGGCGGAGCCUGAACUCGGUGAAGCCUUUUCUUUGCCCUCGUCCAGAUCCACACGUAGCCUGUUUAAUAUAGACCAAGUGGGUCAGUACCUGAAGAAUGCCUUCCUGACGCAGCCCCACCCGGUGGACCCCAAUCACCUGUGGGACGAGAUUGAACGCGAGAGCAACUACAUGGGCGCGUCCAAUGUGUUCGUGCCGCACGACAAGAAGCUGUCACUGGUGCAGCAGCGCGAAAAGAUGUUCAAUGCUAUCGAUGGCAUCCUCUACAGGCCCACGGAGAGCAUCAGCGCCAGCUUCAAGCUCAGCUCGUCCAUUAUCUGUAGAGAGUUUCGUACUGUGGAGCCAGAGAAGGAUCAGGACUUUCUUGCAUUCAGCUACCAUGCCAACGAUUCAGCUAAAUGUGAUAUGUUCGCCGUCACUAUCAGCUGUGAGGAGGCCAUGAUCCUGCAGUUUAGUUGGGCCGAAGAUUGUCUUUUUCGCUGCACCCGCGUCCACUUGAAGCCGGGCCCCUUCACCCAACUACUUGACGAGGAAUACAACAACCUGCGCAUCGUGGACCUGAAGUUCUACAACGAGUCCAUCCUCUCCGUGCUGACCCAGAGCAUGUCCUACCCGAAAGGUGUGCGUCCCCACAGCUGCCUCAUUCAGUUAUCGCUAAGCGAGUUGGAGAAUCACUGCAGCCGUCACCAUCUGGCGGCGCUCGUAAAUCUGACGGAUGUGGCGGAAUCGCGCAGCAUUCACGACAUCUCCGAUAAGACCGCCUUCAAGCUUUUGGAUGGAGUGUGUACGAUGCUCGCUGUCUCCAGCGGCCGCAGAGUGGUCACAGUUCUCUCUGACUCCAAGCGCAAGCUGACUAUCUUCGAAACAGAGGUCGAGGAGACGUACGACACGGACGCGUUCCAAGGAUCUUUUCUUCAGAUCAGCCGGGAUCAAAACGCAUCCAUCAGUGACGCUGAACAGCUCGAUUCAGCUCGGCUUUGAAUCCUUCCUCCUUUUUUUUGUAAUAACAGUAAUAAAUAUAUAUAAAUG